AUGGCGAGAGUAACCACAGAUGCUACUGACAAUAAUUCUUCCAGGUAUAAAGUCUAUUUAACUUUUGUGAUCUCUACAAUAUUCUCUAGCAUUGGUAUCAUUGGCAAUGGCUUUAUCACCAUCAUCUAUGGGACUGAAUGGGUCAGGAGCAAAAGAUUCCCCACUGGUGACCACCUUAUGUUGAUGCUGAGUUUUUCCAGGCUCUUGCUACAGAUUUGGCUAAUGGUAGAGAUUACUUGUAGUCUAUUCUUCAGGAGCAUUUAUAACCAAAAUGUCGCGUAUAAAUUCUUCAAAGCUAGCACUGUGUUUCUGAGCUACUGUAACCUCUGGUUUGCUGCCUGGCUCAAUGUCUUCUAUUGCCUUAAAAUUGCGAACUUCACUAACCCUUUGUUCCUCAUGAUGAAGCGGAAGAUCAUAGGGCUGAUGCCUCAGCUCAUGAGUCUCUCAGUGUUGGUUUCCAUUGGCUUGAGCUCCUUCUUCUCUAAAGACGUCUUCAAUGUGUAUGUGAACAAUUCUGUUCCCAUUCCUUCCUCCAACUCCACGAAGAAGAAAUACUACUCUGAGACCAAUGUGGUCAACCUGGCUUUUUUAUAUUAUGUGGGGAUCUUCAUUCCUUUGACCAUGUUCAUCAUGGCAGCCACUCUGCUGAUCGCCUCACUCAAGAGGCACACCCUGCACAUGGAAAACAGCACCACAGGAUCCAGAGACUCCAGCAUGGAGGCUCACUUGGGUGCCAUCAAGUCAACUACCUACGCUCUCAUCCUCUACAUUACCAACGCACUGGCUCUAUUUAUUUCCAUGUCAAACCUCAUUGAUGCCUACAGCUUCUGGAAUAGUUUGUGCAACUUUAUCAUGACUGCCUACCCAGCUGGUCACUCAGUGCAUCUGAUCCUGAAAAAUCCAGGACUGAGAAGAGCCUGGAGAAGGUUUCAACUCCGUGUCCACCUUUACUUGAAAAAGUAG